AUGUGGAAAGCGAGAAAUUCCAUUCAGCCAAGUCUAUCGCUUGCUUGCCAAGCAGAGGAUUCUUGUACAGCUAAAAAACAAUUGGCUGUUUUGCCAAUGGAGAAAGGAAAGCUUCUAGCCUAUUUGUUAACGAUGGUUCAUUCAUGGAGAGGUUCAAACAGCUACAACAAGAGAAGGACUCUGUGUCAGAACAAUCUAAACCAGGCCCAACUAACCAGCUUUGAACCCAAGGUUAACAGUUCUCGGAAAACUACACCAGUUGCAUCGGGUGGCAAACUAGCCUUCAGCUUGAAACAGAAAUCAAAGCUUGUAGCACCCUCUAUUAAGUUAAGUGAAGAUGAGGAAGAAGAAGAGAAGGAUGCUGGAAAUGCAUUGGGUAACGGGCUGGCAAAACGACAGAAGGUGGGUGAGCCCGUUGCCUCUGAGCAGUCAUCAAAACAAGCUGAUGUUGCCUAUUACUUAUGUUCCUAUCAACAGUGGUGGAAAGAGAUGUUCAAUGAAAGAUUUGGAAAAUGUGGAACGCCUGAUACAAGAUUACCUACUUACCUUGCCAUUGAGUGGGGCCCUGUGAGAUCAUGUUGCUCCCUUCUAGGAAUUAUGAAUGAUAGUGUUGAUUCUAAUGAAGUUGCUAUUGUUAGGUUUCUAUUUGAUGAAAGCUGUGCUGAUUAUAAAUAUUAUGAAUAUCGGCUAGCUGAAGAGGAAAGGGCUUUGUCACAGACCAAGGAUUUGCAACCAUCACAAAGUGGUAAUGUGCCUCCAACUACUGCAACUACUGCAAGCGGGUCUCAGAGGUCCUUUCAGCAUCAUUCUAGCUAUCAGACUCCUGCUUCAGCUUUAUAUGAAUCUAGCGAGGACUCCAAAGAUUUCAUGACAGCUCAACAUUCAUCAGCGGGGAGAUCUGAUUUAGAACAAGAAAUUGGUGUUGCUUCUAAGCAAGCAAUGAUAGGUGAAUCCAGUGGCCCAUCUGGUGGAGAUCCUAUUGCAAUGAUGGAAUUCUACAUGAAGAAGGCUGCACAGGAAGAGAGGCGGAGACAACCUAAACACUCCAAAGAUGAAAUGCCACCACCUGCAUCCCUUCAGGGCCCUAUGAAAAAAGGUCACCAUAUGGGUGACUUUAUCCCACCAGAAGAGCUUGAGAAAUUCAUGGCUAGCUGUAAUGAUGCAGCUGCUCAGAAAGCUGCCAAAGACGCUGCUGACAGGGCAAAAAUCCAGUCUGAUAAUGUUGGGCACAGACUUCUCUCUAAAAUGGGCUGGAGGGAAGGUGAUUUCUUUGUAAAAGCUGAGUGCCAAGAUGACAGUUUUGCGGACUUCAAUUAUGUAGCUGGUGUCUGCCCUAGGAAACUUCUCCAUGAGAAUUGUGUGAAGGUUUGGGAGCUCCAAAAGUGGUAUUUCGGAUCCAAUUGCAGCAGGCAAUGUGAAAAUGAACAACUUGGGGGUUGGUGCUCAGCAGCCCGGAGAGAACAAUCCUCGCAAAGCGUACUACUGAGGAACCCUCUAAUGCAAAUGCAGCUUUCUGCUGAUGGUUCCCUUCCCCUUGCCAUGCCAUCAGUUUAG